AUGACAGCAGAAUCGGUUAUGGAACUUGUCGGACGACUUAAAAAUUUUAUCCCUCAUGUCUCCCUUGGGGGAUGCCAAUGGUUCGGCACCGCACCUUUUUGUAUGGAAUUGUGCCCAGCUGACUACGACCAAAUCAGGGAGGAAAGCGGACGAUGUAAGGUAGUCAGUGAAUGCAUACCAGAUCCAAGCUUUGGCGAACCAUGCACUAGCUUCCUCGGGUUUCAGUUCAAAAAGAAAUUUUGCUGCAAGAGCGACCCUAAGGACUGCACAUGGAGUGGACGUUGGAUGGGAGCAAUGGACUCAUUCAAUAUUUACUGUCGUUACGACUCUACAGUGGGACGUUGCGGCAAACUGGAUUGUUCUGUAAAUCAUCGACAGUUUCAGGGUCAUAACAGUUCACUGAUAACUGGCAAGCACUGUGAUGAACUAAAUAUGUGGCUAAUGAAAGGAAAGGCAACAUGCGGCUACAUAGCUUGGUACGACUCGGAAGGACGAUUAUCAAACAGCUGGUACAAGACACACUGA